AUGGGUGCUGGAGAGUGUUGUUCCCGGCGGGGCGUGCUGCUGCUUCUGUUCCUUCUGUUCACCGUCGGUAAAGUGUUAUCCUCGCUGAUGCAAUUCCCUCGUCAGCGCCACUAUCCGCUGCUCCACUCAGUGUCGGAGGAUUUGGAUGAGCGAUUCUUCCGCGAUUUGCCGGCGGACAUCAACGGGCUGACCAUCAUGACGACGAUGGCGCAACGUUUAACGAUCAGAUCGACGUUACCACUGGAGUACCUGGGCGUUCGUAAUGCACAGAAACUCGGCAAGCUGGUGAUCGAACCGAACGAGCAGCUAGCGUAUCUGGAGCUUUCCGGUUGUCCGCUGCCGAGCUGGGACCCCUCGCUGAACAACCUGACCGGGCUGAUCGGUCUGCGGUUGAGCUGUCAGCUCAGCGGCACCUUGGAUCUGGCAGUUUUUUCCGUUUUCCCCAUGCUGAUGAUACUGCAGCUCGAUCAGAACCAGCUCGAUCGUGUUGUGUUUACGCAAUGGCCCAACUGGACUGGACCGGUGGAGUUGUCAUUGACCGAACUGUAUCUGCAGGACAACAGCCUGACGCAUCUGGAUGGUACCGUGUUUGAGCCGUUCCGUAACCUUCGGGAGCUCAUUCUUAGCAGCAAUCGGCUAGAGCGGCAGCUGGAGAUCGGUGUGCCUGUCCAGUUACCGAAGCUGGAGAAGCUGGACCUUUCCCACAAUCGGCUGACCGAGGUGGACUUUCGUGACUGGCAGUGUCCGGAGCUAAGGACCGUGCAGCUCAACUGUAACCAGCUGACCAGCUUUCCGCGCUUCGGUAUCGGGUUUACCAGUGCGCUCAGAAUGUUAACGCUGUCCUUUAACCGGCUAACGACGGUUGACGAGGGACAAAUGAGUUUGCUGCGCAAUCUGCAAUUACUGAACCUUGACGGUAACAACAUUCACCAUUGGCCGGGUGCUUCGAUUGAUACGGAGCUACCGCAGUUGCUCGGUUUGCACCUUUCGGUUAACCCACUGGAAACCGUGAACUUCCACCGGUGGCACAUGCCCCGGCUGCAAACGCUCUACCUUUCGUCCGAUACGCUGCGCACGAUUUCGGACGAUCUGUUCGAUCGCUAUCCGUUGCUCGAUGAAGUGCGCGCCUACUGUAGACGGUUGGAUUGUGGCUGGAUCGAGCGCCAUCAACCGUACAUUGAGCGGCGCAUCUUGAAGGUGGUACAGAUCGGAACGUACAAGGUGGCCACGGAUUACAACUGUACCAACCGGCCCGUUUGUUAUGCGUGUUUGCGCUACGACGAGUGA